AUGAAUGAGUUAGACAAUUCAUCUCAGGCUCAAGCCGCCGAAGAGGAUCCAGGUGACCGUGACGACGGCAUUGAAGUGCAGAGGGAUCAAAAUAUAAACCAAGUGGAUCCUGACGAGGAGGGCGAAGAUGACAAUGAAGAUAACCACUGGGCUGUACACAAUCCCUGUGAGCCCCUUGUAGAGAUUCAGCGUGACAGGAACAUGAACCCACCACCAAUCCAUCCCGAGGCAGUUUCUGUAGGACCAGUUUUGGUGCCAUUAGGUCCUCACGAUCCCCUCCGAAUGGCAAUCUCCACUGGAGAACACCGAUGGGCAACUUGUGUCAAGAAAGCCAUUGAAGAUACACUGAUCUAG